GAAAGGGGAAGAGGGAGAGAGACAGGGGUUUAUACAAGUUUGGUCGUCUGUAGCUGCACUCUCUCUAACCUCCUCAGAGGAAAGAUUGUGGCUGAUGUUAUCAUUCUCCGACUCCCUAUACAUACACAGACACAAAUAAUCUUGUACACUACAUACUAUUUACAGAGCAAGAUUUAUUUAGAAGAUCAAACGCCAACAAAAUUCGAUAAUGGAUGCUUUGUGGUUCAAGGCGGGGAUCCACGCCAUGGCGGCGCCUCCGAUCGCAGCGGCUGAUCUCCGCCUUAGCGAUAGGCCGUCGAUCUCCGCGGUGCAGCCGAAGAAUUCGCCCUGGGGUUUCACUUUCCGGCACCCCCUCAGAUCUCUAUGGCCCGGCGGAAAAAACCGGCGCGAACCGGCAAUCGCGGUCGACGACGCCGUUUUGGUGGACGAGAGGGAUGGCGUCGGAGAAAUCGAAGAGGAGGGGCGGAAUGGGAAUGGGGAUAGGAAUUGGGUUUUUAAGAUUUUGCAUGUGAGAUCUCUGUGGAAAGAGGAGGAAAAACACGGUGAUCUGGUGGAGGAGUUGGGGGUGAAAUUGGAAGAAGAUGGCAAAAAUUGCGGUGGAGAGAAUGAAGGCUGCGAUGUUUGCUGCUACGACGGUGAUGAUGACGAAGAAAAGAAGGAAUUUGAUAGAGAAUCGUUCUCGAAAUUGCUGCGAAAGGUGCCUCUUGCUGAAGCUAGAUUUUAUUCGCAGAUGUCUUAUUUGGGGAAUUUGGCUUAUUCAAUAUCCCAAAUUAAGCCAGGACAUCUGCUGAGACACCACGGACUACGGCUUGUGACUUCAUCGUUGGAGAAAAAGGAACAAGCGAUGAGAAUCGAGAAAGAGAAGAUGUCAGCUGAAGAGAGGCAAAGAGAACUAAAGACCGCAGCUGAAGCUCAGGAUGACGAAUCUGAUGGAACAGAGAGUGGAGAUGUUGGUGAGGCGAAGGUUGAUGGAAUAAGACUGUAUGCUGCCUAUCAAAUUGCAGCCACUGCGGCUUCCUAUCUGCACUCACACACCAGAAGCAUUCUCCGGUUGAAAUCAUCCAAAUCGACAGUGAGUAACGAGGACUUGGCUGAGGAAACCAUCAAUGAGGAUGUGGCCUCAUUGAUGGCAACCACAGACUCAGUCACAGCAGUUGUUGCUGCAAAGGAGGAAGUAAAGCAGGCCGUUGCAGAUGAUCUCAACUCCACGAAAUCCUCACCUUGUGAGUGGUUUGUUUGUGAUGAUGAUCAAAAUGCCACGAGAUUCUUUAUCAUACAGGGGUCGGAGUCGCUGGCUUCAUGGAAAGCUAAUCUAUUGUUUGAGCCCAUUCAGUUUGAGGGUCUGGACGUACUCGUGCACAGAGGUAUCUACGAGGCAGCAAAAGGGAUUUAUGAGCAAAUGCUGCCUGAAAUCCGCGAGCAUCUCAAAUCUCACGGUGAACAUGCCAGAUUCCAUUUCUCAGGUCACUCACUUGGUGGAAGUCUGUCGUUGCUAGUAAAUCUCAUGUUGCUGAUAAGGGGCGAAGCGCCUCGUUCUUCUUUACUUCCUGUGAUAACUUUUGGGUCACCGUCUAUCAUGUGUGGCGGGGAUCGCCUGCUGAGCGAUCUGGGGUUGCCUCGCCAUCAUGUCAAAUCGAUCACGAUGCACCGGGACAUCGUUCCACGAGCUUUCUCAUGCAACUACCCCAACCAUGUUGCUGAAUUUCUCAAGGCUGUGAAUAAGAACUUCCGCAAUCUUUCAUGCCUCAACAAACAGAAGGUGUUAUACACUCCAAUGGGGGAUUUCUUGAUUCUCCAACCAGACGACAAAUUCUCACCCAGCCACGACCUCCUCCCCUCGGGCAGCGGCCUCUAUCUGCUGACAUGUCGGGAAGCAGACGAUGAUGACGAAGCAGAGAAGCAGACCCAAGCUGCACAGGACGUAUUCAUGAACUCACCUCACCCUCUCGAGAUCCUGAGCGACCGUGCUGCAUACGGCUCCGGUGGCUCCAUCCAACGAGACCACGACAUGAACUCUUACUAUAAAUCCGUCAGGAACGUCAUCCAGCUCGAGCUGAAACGCAUCAGGAAGGCGAGGAGAGAGCGCCGCAGGAAAGCCUGGUGGCCGCUCGUAGCACCGGGAGGGAUAAAUGCCGGCAUCAUAGUUACUAGGCCGAGCAGCAUGGUCAGGCAGGGGCAGUUGAACUUUUCCGGCGUCUUUCAUACGGGGCGGGAGUCGUUGAAACGGUUUAGUCGGUUAGUUGCUUCUCAACACAUGCAUCUGCUGGUGGUGUUCUUGUUUCCUGCUAGAUUAUUGAUAUUGGGAGCCUUUAGUUUGGUCAAUUUGAAUUGAUCAAAAACACCUUUUGCAAACUUUUGGUGAUAAUUUUUCACAAGGGUUUGCAAUAAUAAUAGAAGUAGAUGAUUCUUUAUUCAUUUUACCAAUGGAGGGGCAAUAAUUUGGUUUGCAGUGUGGAAAUUGCAGACGUGAUGGAAAUUUACACGGCUAUUGGUCUUAUAUAUAUGAAUAUCUAUUUAUUUAUAUAUGUGUACUUUGAUUUGGAUGA